AUGGACGGCAGGCCGGCACUUUCUCCAUUGCUUUCAGGAGAUGGCAGAUCAGGACCCAUUUUUUCGAGUCCAUCUCAUAACGAUGCAGCAUUUGACAGCGAGUUUGAACGGGAUUUGAGGGAAUUCGAUUUCUACCACGGUUUUCUACCUCGAGAAGAUCUCAUCUUUCUGCUACACUAUGUUGGGGAAUAUCUGCUUAGACUGAGCGAGGUAGAAGCAGGCUCAAAGGAACCAGCACGACGCGAAAUCAUAUUAUCAGUAGUGUGCGAGGGAACACCAGAUCCGCUGCAGCUUUCUGACGCCAUGAAACGUUACGAAGAAAUGGAAGAAGAAAAACUAGGUCGUAAAAAGUAUGGAAAGAAACGCGGCAAGAUCAAAAACGUCGUUAUACGUCGUGCGUUUGGGAAAUACAUGGUAGAGACAACACAUUUAUUCAGCACUCUGGAUCAACUAAUCCAGUAUUACAAACAAAACCCAGGCAAUCUCUUUAAGACAGUCUUCAUCCUUCAACAUCCUGUACGACAACAGUCCUGGGAAUAUUACCACUCCGACGUCAGGCAAGGUAGUCUUCUCGGUGAAGGUGCGUUCGGAAUUGUGCGAGAAGGUACUCUAAGGACGAAAUCUGGCAAAGUUGUCCCUGUAGCCGUGAAGCAGACAAAAGCCGAUUUAGACUUAUGUAAAGCAAAAAUCAAAGAAAUGAUGAAGGAGGCACGCCUUAUGAGGCAUUUUAGGCACAAGAAUAUUGUUCGAACCUACGGUGUCGCUGUUGAUGAGCAACCUCUCCUCUUGAUAUUGGAGCUUGUAACUGGAGGGUCUCUCAAUAAUUUUCUUCGGCAAAACGGUGAAAGGAUAGAUGUGACAGAAAAAAUCAUCAUGUGUCUUGGAGCAGCAUCAGGUGUAGAAUAUCUUCAUCUAAAUCAGUGUAUGCACAGAGAUCUUGCCGCUCGGAACUGCUUGAUUACCAGGGAAAAAGUGGUGAAGAUAAGUGAUUUUGGCCUCUCACGAAUGGGCACUCACUAUGUGCUCAAAAGUGCUAUCAAACUCCCUAUUAGGUGGUUGGCACCAGAAACAAUAGCUACGUUCGCGUUUUCAUUAAAGUCUGAUGUGUUCUCGUUUGGUGUAUUAGCUUAUGAAAUAUUUGCGAAUGGCGCUGAACCUUGGGACCGACACACUAACGCGGAAGUCAAGGCUGCGGUUCUUGGGGGAAUGCAUUUGAAGUUUCCAACUUAUUGUCCUGAGAGGUUGCGUGAGUUCUUUAGCUCCCGCGUAUUCGCUAAAACGCCAUCGCACAGACCAUCCAUGACCGAGGUAGUAAAGAUGCUAAAGUCGUUCUCCACGCCGGACGAGUAUGCAGAUCUGAAACGUCGCCAUUCUCCGACUUCACGGAAUUAUUAG